AUGGUCCAUCCUAGCUUCGAUGGAGACGACUUUGAUGAUGUGGAGGAGGACGAGGGCCUCGAUGACCUGGAGAAUGCCGAGGAGGAGGGCCAGGAGAACGUGGAGAUCCUCCCAUCCGGCGAGCGCCCUCAGGCCAACCAGAUGCGCAUCACCACGCCUUAUAUGACCAAGUACGAGCGUGCCCGCGUGCUGGGCACCCGCGCCCUGCAGAUUGCGAUGUGUGCCCCCGUGAUGGUGGAGCUGGAGGGGGAGACCGACCCCUUGCUCAUUGCCAUGAAGGAACUCAAGGCCCGCAAGAUUCCCAUCAUCAUCCGCCGCUACCUGCCGGACGGGAGCUACGAAGACUGGGGCGUGGAUGAACUCAUCAUUACUGACUGAUCCCUGAUCCCUGAGCACAAUAAACUGCUCCCCCCCCCCCCAAAAAAAAAA